AUGCCGAAAGAGUUCAUUGAGAUGAAGAUACCGGUUCCUUACGGACGGAUUAUGGCUAAGGCUUGGGGUAAUAGUGACUCCCAUAGCCACAAAGUGCUGGCAAUCCAUGGAUGGCAGGACAACGCCGGCACUUUUGAUACACUCGUUCCCCUUCUACCAGAAUCUCUAUACAUUCUGGCAGUUGAUCUUCCGGGACACGGACUGUCAUCACAUUUGCCACCCGGCUGUCCGUACACUGACAUCAUGUUUCUCAUAGAAGUCAAGCGGAUAGUCGAUUACAUGGAGUGGAAUGAGUUCACUAUAUUAGGCCAUUCCAUGGGAGGAAUGAUUGGUCUCUUAUAUUCAAGUCUUUAUCCACAAUCCGUCACAAAAGUCAUAUUAUUGGAUACAAUUAAGUCAUUCUGUUAUCCAUGGGAUAAAUGGCCCCAAAAGGUGGCCGAUAUCACCAAAGUAUUCGUCCAAAUGGACCAAAAGAAUAGUAUUCCUCCGGUUUAUGAUCACAAGACAAUGAUAGAGAGAAUGAAGAGCUCGACCGCCAUUUACAAAGAUAUUAAUGAAGAGGCGAUUGAGUGUCUUCUGAGCCGGGGAUCAAAGGUGUCAUCGGAUGGAAAGGGAGAGUAUUUCAGUCGCGAUAUCAGAACUAAAUUGAUUUUNUCAAAGGUGUCAUCGGAUGGAAAGGGAGAGUAUUUCAGUCGCGAUAUCAGAACGAAAUUGAUUUUUGUUCAGCAAUUUAGUUGUGAAUCUCUCCUCGACUUCUAUGGGCCCAUGAAAUGCGAUCUCAUUAUAAUUAUAGCCAAAAAUGGACUAAAGAUUAGCUCUGAAGAAGUUAACGAUAAGCCUUUCCUCUUCUUUCUUGAAAUGGUCUUUAAGGUUGAGUUUGUUAUAAACUUCUUUCACUCUUCGGACACAAUCGCCAUCUUUUACGCCACAAUUCUCCUCAAUAAUAGCCCUCUGUUUCUGAUCACACAGUUUGAAGGCAGAUAUGAUAAGCCAGCUACAUUUUCCCUCCUCUAUAUCAGUGCCUAUUUUUCCGAUAAUAGCCGGGUCUCCAUAACAGUCCAGAUAGUCGUCCUGCACCUGAAACAAGUGUCCAAUUUUGAGGAGAAUUUCCUCUGCAGUCUUGUGCUCUUCUUCUGA